GGCAACAGCAGUCGGAUGCGGCCGACAAGCCAUGUCGUUCACCGCCAAGAAGUGCACUACGCGCGAUGGAGCGUUACGAGGAGGAGUGCUCAUGAAGUCCUUUCGUCUGAAGCUCGGCUGCGCUCUUCCUAUGCUGCACCCAGUGACAAUGGACUGAAGGAAGUGACCACACGGGGCCUCUAUGCUCGUGAGACCAACCGGACGCAACCUAUCACGCAAGAAGAGAAGACAACUUGCAGUGGAGGUAUUGCGCAAAGGUUAGAGGCCCUGAGAAAGAGUGGUGAAGACUGGCAGAAACGGGUUGACAAAAGCAAGCAAGACAUAACUACAUCUGACAUCGGUGCUUCAUCACCAGUGUCAGUGCUUCGAAAAGAUGCGAAAAUCAUUGAGGUGCAGAAGUCCCCGUCAAUUGGGGAUCGUAAAAGCUGGCUGGAGUCCUCAUCAGAGUCUUGGCGACAACGUGUCCAGGAGUCUGAUGCCUCCCAGUUCACAGUGGCUGGGAAGAUGGGCAUCUCAGAGUCCGCAGCACAGCUUUCUGACCGCAAGAAGAAAACGCCCAAACAGGAGAAGUUUUCAGCAGCUGCAUCAUCCAAAGCAGAAGUUCUCCGUCGGAUUCACCAGCAAGGGACGCCAGUAUUGCCAGCAAUAUUUAAGAGCAAGUCUAUGCCAAAUGCAGCAGAAGAGCUAUCCCGCCUGAAAGCUGAAGAGGAAGAAAGACCACGCAUUCUAAUCCCAAAGGCUGACAAUGAGACAUUUACUUCAUUCUUCGAAAGCGUCCUCCCAUCAUCCAAAGAUGAUAAGCUCGACAUCAGCGAAGCAGCUUUUGAUGCCAUCGUAUCUGACAAUGUCAAGCUUGGCCAGAGGAAACAGAUCAGUGUUCGCAGAAAAAGGCAGACCAAAGGAAACCCACUGAAGAAACUGGCCUCUCGUACGGAUAUCCAGACAGAGUAUGUUGAAGUACGCACAGAUGUUGCUGAGAAGGAACUGAAACGAAUGAACAUAGAAAAGUUGGCCAAGUCGUCCGAUUUAGCUCUCUCAGCUUUGGCAGGGUUGGCCAGCACAGAAGACUUUCGUCGAGUGCAGCUCAAGAAGUCUGAUGACACAAAUUCAUUGCUUCCCAACCGCGACCUCAUUUUGAUUCAGGUCAAAGGUCGGCGGCAUGUGCAGACACGCUUGGUUGAGCCUUCUGUCUCCUCCCUUAACCAUGGCGAUGUCUUUGUGCUUGUGACGCCCUCUACUGUGUAUUGCUGGAUCGGUCGCCACAGUAACGUCAUUGAAAGGGCAAAGGCAACUGAUGUGGCCCAAAGUAUACAAUCCAAGAAGGACCUGCUCUUCAAAGGGACCUCGGAGGUCAAGAUCAUAGACGAUGAAAAGGAGGACAAUUCUAAAGAGGCCCAAGCUUUCUUCAAGCUGCUUGGAGGUACUGCUGAUGACUGCAACCCUGCUGGGGAUCCUGGUGAAGACUUGUGGUUUGAAGCGGCUGUUGUAGACACCAACAUGGUGUACACUGUGGAAGGAGAUGCUCUAGUUCCGUACGACAAAUACUGGGGCAUGCAGCCGCGAGUUGAAAUGCUCCAGCCUGACAAGGCUUACGUAUUCAACUUUGGCAGUGAAGUCUACGUGUGGCUUGGAAAACUUGUCCCCAGUGAAAUGCGAGACCUCUCUGUCAGACUGGCUGAAGAGCAAUGCAAGGCAGGCUUUAAUUACUCAGACUGCGACAUCAACCCCCUCUUUCCAAGAGCUGGGCCUGAGGAACAGAAGUCCAUGGCAAGCGAUGUGCGGCCCAACUGGACAUUGUUUGCCAAGGUGAACCAGCACAUGGAGCCUGUUCUAUUCAAGGAAAAGUUCCUUGAUUGGCCAGAUGAUGCCAAACUGAUCCGUGUCAAAAACAAAGCACAGGAAGACAGCAAGGCUGAAUCUCUUGAUUCGGAGCUGAAGCCUUGCGAUGCUAAGGAACUGCUGGAAAGACGUCCCAACGAACCAGACCUUGAACUCUCGGGCUCCCAUCUGGGACGAGGACUUGAGUACUAUGACUCACUUGAACGCAGACAGUACUACAUAAACACACUGGCAAUAAAGGUAUGGCACAUCACGGAAUAUGAGCACAGGACACUUCCAGAAUCGAGCUAUGGCCAGUUUUACAGUGGCGACACCUAUGUUGUCCGGUGGCAGUAUGCUGUAUCACAAACAGGACGACAUCUGUCGGGGCAGAGGUCACGGCAUGUGGCAGCAGGCCGGGAGCGAUGUGCUUACUUCUUCUGGCAUGGCCGGGAUUCCACAGUUACCGAGAAAGGGGCUUGUGCUUUGCUCACCGUUGAACUAGAUGAAGAACGAGGACCUCAUGUGCGUGUCUUGCAAGGUAGGGAACCACCCUGCUUUUUGAACCUCUUCAAGGGCAAGAUGGUUGUCUACAAUGGAAAACGGCAAGAGGAAGCUGUUGACUCAGGAGACUGGCACAUGUUUGUAGUUCGUGGUGAGUGCCCCUUGGAGGCAGCUCUGGUGGAGACACCGGUUGGUGUCCAGAACCUGCGCAGCCGUGGCUCCUUCCUGGUGCUGAGUCGCUCUACCGGACGCAUGUACCUGUGGCAUGGGACCAAGUGCAGCCCACACUCCCUGGAAGUGGCACAGGCUGCAGCAAAGGCCAUUGUGGAAGAAACUCCAACAGAGAUGGCCAUAGCAAAGGACGUGGAGCUGAAACUAACAGAAGUGAGAGAAGGUGCUGAGGAGCGAGGCUUUUGGGAUGCAUUCGGGGGUGACAAGAAGAAGAAACAGCACCUCUUCGUUUCCCUCUUAGACAGCACACUUGAUUUCGAUUUCACGCCGAGACUCUUCCACAUGACACUGGUGUCUGGCACAUUUGAAGCCAACGAGGUGUUCUGCCCCUUUCAGAAGACUGAUGUGCCUUGUGCCUAUCCGUUCUUGCAGUCAGACUUGUACAAUGCUCCACAGCCAGCUGUAUUCUUCCUUGACAAUCGUCAUGAGAUGUACAUUUGGCAAGGCUGGUGGCCAGCGAACGACUCUGAAACGGGCCUGCCUCGCAUUCCAAACAGUUCAGAAAAGGUGCGGUGGAAUACAACACGUCGCCUGGCCAUGGAAACAGCCCUACACUACUCCCAAGAAACAAAUCCCAGUGACCCUCCGAAGGUGUACCUGGUGUUUGCAGGCUUGGAGCCUGUGGAAUUCACCUGCCUUUUUCCAGAGUGGCAGGACAGGGAUGACAUUGCCACGAUCAACAUAAGAGAAGAUAGAACACAUGGUGACAGGCUUUCAGUCCAGGAAACGCUUGCCCAGCUCACGAAGACCCACUACACACUUGAGGAGCUGAAGUCUGUCCCCCUGCCUGAAGGUGUUGACCCACAGAGGCUCGAGUCUUACCUAACCGACGAGGACUUUGAGGCAGUGUUUGAGUGCACAAAGGCCAAGUUCUACGGGCUUCCAAACUGGAUGCAGAACAAGCACAAGAAACAGGCCGGCCUUUUCUGAGGGCCUUGAGAAAAUUUCAUGCAAGCCUAGAAUCGAAGAGAUGUCGCUUCGGACGUGCGUUCACUUUGAAAGUGUGGUCUCCCCAGUGCCAACGGUGCCUAGCAAGAUGUCUGGAUUAAGUGAUGAACCGCUCUAUCGAAAAAUGUACAUGCAUUCUGAUAAUUUUGCAUCUUCUCCGUAAUUGUUCAUGGGAAAAUGUGGAAUAUACGUGUGAAGUUUGUGUUUUCUGUAUGAAUUACAUGAGAAAUGGGGAAUUAUGAGAAUGCAUUUUAAAACUUUUCGUUAUGGAUGGACAAAGGAGACAUUAAAGAGGUGCAUCUGCUGCCAACUCUGCUGUUUCCCGCCCUGUUGCUAGAAAUGUUUUUUUUUUUUUCGUUUCCUGCCCCUUGCUGUGAUGUGAUGAGAUUUGCUCAUGUGUGUCUCGCCUGGACCCCGUAACACACCUUUAAAUAUUGCAGCCUCUUAUGAGCACGUGACGACGACCACCAAAUGUGAUUUUUUUUUUUUGCAAGUUGUCACAUGUCUGAUACGUCAUCCUUCUUUUUCUACAUCCUCCUUUUCAUUUCUUUCUUCGCUGUUUCUUUUUUAAUCUAUACAUAUCUGUGGUCGUGCCUUUCUUAUUUAACGAGGUUGUAUUUACGUCAGAAUAUAUAAGUUCCAUUUAGGGACAAGCUGUUCAUAAUUUUUUAUUUACCUGUGAUCUUUCAGACGUAUUGCACAACAUGGAGAUGCAGUUGACUUGUCAUUUUAGUGUUUGUUGCAAAAGGAAAAGACAGUGUAUUCUAUAUAAGGAUGAUUGAUUAUUCUGAGGAAUACCUGAGAAGUCAUGAAUGCAGCCUUGAACAAUUUAUUAUAGGCCCCUGGAAAGCCCAUGUAUCACCUGCUGAGGAGCUAUCUGAAAUGCAGUACUCUCUUCAAUUUCUAAGUGUGGCCAGAGUAUUUUUGUACGUUACUUAAUGGGGAGCGACAAAGCAUAUAGUGGUGUAUAUUUUAACAAGAAAUGUGAGGAAAUUGACAGCAAUAUACAAUGUGAGACAUCUGCAAUCCCCAUUUUGCAGUUUUAGCUUUCUAACCUACAGUGUAUAUACAAGAGAAAUAUUAUGCCUUACCAGUUUGAUUUCUUUGUUUUGUUUUGUAAAGGCCUUUUGUUCAUAAUAUACUAGAAGCUGCUGAAUAUACACUGUUAACUUAUUUCACAUUGAAGGAAGAUUUUAUUACAAAUACUAUAAGACAAAAUUGCUUCUAGACUGCUGGUGAGAUCACAUGAGAGCUAUGGCACUUUAUUGUAUAUACACUUAUAGAGCUGUAUAUUUUUCGCAAAGAUUAUCAUUCAAUGUUGUGCACAGUUUUUGUAUCUCGCAAUCUGGUUGUGUUUAUAUAAUUUUUUUUUUGUACAUUGUGAAGUGAUGUUGAAAGCCUCAAUGUGCAUGGAUGCAGAGUACGAGUCAGAAGAUAUCUUAACCAGUGCAGUUUCUAGCAAAGCAUGACAUGCAUGGUCUUCUAUUUAUCACAGGGUUCAUUCGCGCUUGCCAGGGAGCAUCGGGAAUGCUGCGCUUAAGUUUUUCUUUGCUCUUUGUUGAGUGUGCUCCUUCUUUGUUGUGUGCAUACACAUCUGUUGUGAUCAUGCUGACAAAUGCUACAAUAUCUUGAAAUGAAAUGCAAGUUUAAGUGAUAAAAAGAAGUGCUUGCAUACAAUUUCAUUUUUUUUUUCGGUGCAUUUUUACUGAUUAGUCUAGACAAGCUUUUCUCAGUUGCUUGGCAGCAAUGUUGCUGGCAGCAGUAUUCCUAAUGUGAUUUGAGAGUGCUUCCUUAGAUUGGCACAGUAUAUACAAUCAGUUUGGCAAGUGGCUAGGCCAAUAUUUAUGUUGAAGCACCCUGCUGCUUCAUUGUCCCACAUGCACUUCAGGUUGAACAGGGUGUUCUGUACACAUACGCUGAAUGGAUCCAGUAUCACCAACAGCUUAAUGCAGUGGCAUCCAUCUUGUGUUAGUGCAUUUGGGAAAACCUGUAACAGCUACUGUGGCUUUCUUGUACCAUAUUUGAGGUUCCACAGUUAUAAAAAUCAUGUCCAUGCUUUGCAGUGCUUAUUUGACUGUGCAAAUGGGGCAUUUUUAGUUCAUAUGAUAUUGCGCAAAAUUCAGAAUGCCAAGGCACAAGUUACAGCAAUCUUGAGUGGCUUGUUCUUUUUUGACUGAAGCAAAAUGUGCUUGCCUGGUUUGCAGAAAGCUUACUAUACAUGUCUUGAGUGUGCAGGUCUAAUUUUGAACCUGGCGGAGCAUGGCAUUGGUGUUUUUACCCUGUAUUCUUUUUAUCUCUUCAAUAUUAAAAGGAUAUGUUCCUUAUGAAACAGCAUUGAUACUGCUUACAAGUUCAGGCUUAGUCAAAUGGCCACGCUGUGUGUUGUGUGUGUGCUUCUUCCACAAUCUGUCAAACUUUAUAAAAAGUACAUUUUUUAAGACAAGAUUUACAUGUUACUAGCAUUUCUCUGUAAAUAAAAACUGGUCGCUGUGUGCUCCCA